GGUUGGGCCGGGCAGGUCCAGGAACUACACCAGCGGCCCUGUAUCCUGGCCGCGAGACCCCUGCCACUCUGCGCCCCAGCCGUGCAAUCCUCGCUUCUUGUGCUCCCAGCUUUGGGGUCGUACGACACCGCACCCCAACCAUGUCAUCCCCGCGGCCCCGAGCUGUCCCUGUCCCGGCUGUGCGUCCCCGCGCCGCGCUACUUGCUCUCCUAGCUGUGCUCCCGGCCGCCCUGGCUGAGGCCCCGUAUCUGGUGCGGGUGGACGUGACCCGUGUGCUGCGGCCCCUGCGGCCCUUCUGGAGGAGCACGGGGUUCUGCCCUCCACUGCCACAUGACCAGGCCGACCAUUUCUUCAGCUGGGACCAGCAGCUCAACUUCGCAUAUGUAGGUGCUGUCCCUCACCAUGGCAUUGAGCAGGUCCGGACCCACUGGCUGCUGGACCUCGUCACAGCCAGGGCGUCGGCUGGGCUGGGCUUGAGCUACAACUUCACCCACCUGGACAGGUAUCUGGACCUUCUGAGGGAAAACGAACUCUACCCAGGGUUCGAGCUGAUGGGCAGCCCCUCAGGACUCUUCACUGACUUUGAGGACAAGCAGCAGGUGUUUGCAUGGAAGGAUCUGGUUUCUCUUCUGGCCAGGAGAUACAUCGGGAGGUAUGGACUCGCUUACGUUUCCAACUGGAACUUCGAGACAUGGAAUGAGCCAGACCACCACGACUUUGACAACGUCUCCAUGACCACUCAAGGCUUCCUGAACUACUAUGAUGCCUGCUCUGAGGGUCUGCGGGCUGCCAGCCCUGUGCUGAAGCUGGGUGGCCCUGGGGACUCUUUCCAUGCCCCUCCUGGAUCUCCACUGUGCUGGAGCCUUCUGGGGCACUGCCAUGGUGGCACUAACUUCUUCACUGGGGAGGUGGGUGUGCGACUGGACUACAUCUCCCUCCACAAGAAGGGUGCAGGCAGCUCCAUAAACAUUCUGGAGCAGGAGAUGGCCACAGUGCAGAUGAUACAGCAGCUCUUCCCCGUGUUCUCAGACACCCCCAUUUACAACGAUGAGGCGGACCCACUAGUGGGCUGGUCACAGCCGCAGACGUGGAGGGCCGAUGUGACCUACGCAGCCAUGGUUGUGAAGGUCAUCGCCCAGCACCAGAACCUGCUGGUGGCCAAUAGCAGCUCCUCCAUCCGAUAUACGCUCCUAAGCAACGACAAUGCCUUCUUGAGCUACCACCCGCACCCCUUCUCACAGCGUACACUCACAGCGCGCUUCCAGGUCAACAACACCUGCCCCCCCCACGUGCAGCUGGUGCGCAAGCCAGUGCUUACCGCCAUGGGGCUGCUGGCUCUGCUGGAUGGGGAGCAGCUCUGGGCCGAGGUGUCUCAGGCAGGCGCUGUUCUGGACAGCAACCACACGGUGGGUGUCCUGGCCAGUGCCCACAGCCAGGUGGGCCCUGUCAGUGCCUGGCGUGCCACAGUGCUGGUGUAUGCAAGUGAUGACACCCGCGCCCACAUCAACCGUACCGUUGCAGUCACCCUGAGGCUGCACGGGGUGCCCCCCGGCCCAGGGCUGGUAUAUGUCACCAACUACCUGGACAACCAGUUCUGCAGCCCCUACAGUGAGUGGCAGCGCGAGGGCCAGCCAGACUUCCCUUCUGCAGAGCAGUUCCAGCGCAUGCGUGCAGCUGAGGACCCAGUGCGCACAGUACCACGCCCCUUCCCCACGGGAGGCCACCUGACCCUGCCCACCAAGCUCCCACUGCCCUCACUCCUAUUGGUGCAUGUGUGCGCACGGCCAGAGAAACCACCUGGCCAGGUCUCGCGGCUUCGUGCUCUGCCCCUGACCCGGGGGCAGCUGGUUCUGGUCUGGUCUGAUGAGCACGUGGGCUCCAAGUGCCUGUGGACAUACGAGAUCGAGUUCUCUCAGGAUGGGGAGGCAUAUACUCCAGUGAGCAGGGAGCCAUCAACCUUUAACCUCUUUGUGUUCAGCCCAGACUCGGCUGCUGUCUCUGGCUCCUACCGAGUGCGAGCACUGGACUACUGGGCCCGGCCAGGCCCCUUCUCUGACCCUGUGCCAUACCUGGAAGUCCCUGCCCCAGGAGGGCCACCAGCACCUGAUGACCCAUGAGCCUAUGCUAACUGGUAACCUGGGGCAGCCAAGAUGACGAACCUUUACUGAUUGGCCAAUGUGCCUGUGACCAUCUGUCUCCAGCUCAGUCUGUCCUACCCUUUAAAGUGCCUUUGCACACAGCAGUGCUGGGCUGAGGCUCUGUGGGCCUCCAGGUGGGUAUGAGGCUAGACCCUGAAAUUGUAGCCUGGGGGGUACAGGCCAGCUAGAGCCAAGCCUCUUCCUUCCUCUCCCGUCCGGAGCCUGCCCCCAGCCUUGGCUGCUCACCCAGGGGCUCUGGCAUAGUCCCUAGGAAGGGGCACAUUCCUGUCCUUCGCUUUCUUGCUGCUCUGCAGAGUGGGGAGCUGAGGCUACAUGGGAAAGGGGCUCCUUGCCCCCUCCCCUUGCUUCUUCCUCCUGUUCCUCUCCUCUGCUCCCUGCUCCUGCACCAGUAGAGGGUGGGAUGGGGCAUUCCUGCCCUGUCCAGACUGUGACCAACAGAAGAAAGGCCAGAAGUAUCCACCGUGGCCUCUCGCCACCCCAGUGGGUCGUCAUGGUUCCACAUCUGGGCCCCAAAGAAAAAAGAGGGUCUGCCCAGAGCAGCAUAAUCUGGUGACUAUAGAGAUGGAGGAAGGCUGAGAAGCACUCCAAGGACAUAUGGAAAGGGGGCACAGCCAGCCUAGGGGCCCUGACCUCCUCCUACUGACUCUCUGCUCCUGCCCCCCUUUAUCUAUAUGGGGAGCUUGUAUCCCCUGUACACUUCAAGCCAACAUGGGCCACCAGGUGUGGUUGAGAGAUGUCA